AUGCAAGAGCCGUCCGAGGACGCGGCCCGCUCUGGAUCUCUGCCCUCAACCCCGCGGCAUCUGCAUACCCCCAGCCAACUGGACCAGCCUGCAUCCACCCCUGAUACCCAGUCACAUCCAAUGCUAGAUUCCUCACCGUCAGGUUCGAACGGCACAGCGUAUCCUCCGCAGGUCUCGUACCCAAUGAUGGCGUCGGUCAUGUCUGCACCGCCGAACAUGGCCAUGCAGAUGGUGGGAUGGGGGCCACAGGUCGCCCACAUGCCGCUCUUCAUGCCUAUGUCGCCCACGACAUCAUCUUUCAACAGCUACGCCGGAGGCUCCCCGAUGCCACCCGGCUUCGCCGCGGCUAGCCCUGCGUCGCCAGCGAUGGUGCCAGUAGGGCGCACGGUCUACAUUGGAAAUAUUCCGUCUGAGGCGUCUGUUUCUGAAUUGCUGGACCUUGUACACUUUGGACCGAUUGAAAAUGUGCGCCUGCUGCCCGAGAAAAACUGCGCCUUCAUUUCGUUCCUCACAGGCCAGGUCGCGGCCGCGUUUCAUGCCGACUCAUCUGUGAAGCACGUCUCGCUAAGAAGCCAGGAGCUAAAGAUCGGGUGGGGCAAGCCAUCUGUGCCCCCACCAGCCGUCUUGUACGCUGUGCAGCACCACCAGGCAUCACGCAAUGUGUAUAUCGGUAGCCUUAAUCCUGCGACUACCGAGGAGGACCUCCGUAUGGACCUCUCACGCUUUGGACCCAUUGAUCAGAUCAAGAUUUUGCGCGACCAGAACAUCGCAUUCGUCCACUUCCUGUCGAUUCAAGACGCGAUGAAAGUGGUGGCCAUCCUGCCUACGGAGACCGCAUGGAGCGAGCAGCGCAUCAAUUAUGGUAAAGAUCGCUGUGCCUAUGUGCCGAAGGGCCAGCAGCAGAUUCAGGCACACAACCACCAGGCCGCUGCCAUGGGCCUAGCCGCGGCAACGUGGCUCGGGUACCCGACAGGCUACGUCAACAUGUCACCGCAGUCGCCCUUCCAUCAGGGUAUGAGCUCCGAUGACCACACGAAUGAUGACACCGAUACCACUGGGCAUCCUGGCGCCCCGUCCCGGCACCAGAUGGAGCCACAGCUCCACCAGUUUGGCAACCGGACUGUCUACCUGGGGAACCUGCACCCUGAUACGACUGCGGAGGACAUUUGCAAUCACGUCCGCGGCGGCAUCUUACAGUCGGUCCGGUACAUGCCGGACCGCCACAUUGCCUUUGUGACAUUUGUGGACCACAAUGCGGCGCUGACUUUCUUCCACAUGGCGCUGGCCACAGGCAUCACGAUCCACAACCGACGCCUGAAAAUUGGCUGGGGGAAGCCCACGGGCCCUCUAAGUCCAGCCUUGGCACUCGCAGUGCAGGCAGGGGCCUCGCGUAAUGUGUAUAUUGGAAAUAUCAGUGACCCACAUUUGAUGGACGAGGACAAAAUCCGCGCCGAUCUGUCUGAAUAUGGCGAACUCGAAAUGGUCAACACGCUGAAGGAACGCAACUGCCAGGCGUUUGCGAACUUCGUCAACAUCCAAUCUGCCAUCAAAUGUAUUGAAGGCCUCAAGUACCACGAUGAUUAUCAAUCUGUCAAGAUCUCUUUUGGCAAAGAUCGCUGCGGCAAUCCUCCACGAUAUCUUGGAAAGCUCGGCGUGAAAAUGCCCAACUCGCAAUUCAGUCCAAGCCUAUCUCCGGAGCUGGAACAGCCCACGGAGUCACACGCAGAUACGCCCAAUGCAUAG